GGUACAAAGACAAUCAAAUCUCGUGUACUUCCCCCUGCUAUGUACAGCUAGAGAACGUUUCUGCUCUGCGUGAACGAGUGUAUGACUUGAUAAUUAGAUACUUUGGUUAGAGACUUAAUCAUUCAAUUGAAUCGGACCUAAUUUAACGAGAUAUACCCCUUUACAUGUGACUGAGCUGUCAGGGGUGUAUCUGUCCCGUGUACCGUACCGUGUAACUGCAAGCUAGCUGUCCCGCAAGGAAGACCGAGCCAGACUGAGAGACGGGUGCCAGCGGACGCAAAACCAAAGCAAAGUGUCUCAGAUGUUCUGACAGGUGUGGUUUAAGGUGUGAUAAGAUCUAACCUGGGAAAAAAACACAGAAUGAGCACCAACAGGAGAGUUGAAGGUCACUCCAGACCGACAGGAAAAUCACGAAGCAUGAAGUCUGGAAGUUUCAAAAGAGACUCCGAGAGAGACUCUGGAUUCUCAGAUGCUAGUUCUGAACACAUGGGCACUUUGGACCCAACAGACUCUGAAGGUUCCUCUCGCUGGAGAGCGAAGAGGGCGUCACAGCGUCCUGGUUCUGGCUCCAAGCCUUCCCAGCCUGCCCUGGUGGCGGGUUCCUACCCCAACCUCUCCCCCAUGAUCAUUAUGAACAACGUGGUUCUGAAACAGCCUGGUGACAACCCCCCUGCACUAAAGCCCUGGAGUUUCCCUCCUGCGGUGGAGGUGGUUCAGCCGGUGGUCCAGCAGUCUCAGGUGGUCUUCCUGCAGCCAGUGGUAUCCAACCAAAGCCCCUCUGUCCCUAAGGAAGGCUCAGGGAAACGCAGGCGCCCCAAAAAGUAUCUCCCCAUCCUCAAGUCCUAUCCCAAGAUAGCACCCCACCCUACUGGGGACACCUCGAGUUCUUCAGGAAGAGACAGUCUCUCCUCCUCUUGCUCUUCUUCUUCUGGCUCUACGAGGAGCCACAGUUUGGCUUCAAGCCACCGGCAGCGCCAUCACAGAGACAAGCAGAGACGUCUUCCUGGCUCUGGCUCGUCCACUCCCAGCCUCCUUGCCACUCCUAGUCCUUGCCCGUCCCCCUCAACGCAAAGCAGACUGACUGUCAGCGUCACAGACUCAAGUGCCGGCAGCAGCCCUGCAAAGGAGUUGCCCCCCCCAGCUGUCAGCAGACCGGAGUUCACCCCGUCCCCCCCUAUAACUCUUUCAAACCACACUAGUAACCCCAUAACCCAGGACCCUUUCUUCCUGGGCGAUAAUUACAAGCACGACCUGGACGACGACAACAGUAACACAGAAGGUCAGAAGAGAAAACGGUUCUGUAACACCUACAACAUCCUGAGCAAGACGGGCCUCCUUGACAUCACGCUGAGAACCAAGGAGCUGAUCCGACAGAACCGACGCACCCAGAGCGACCUGGAACGUCUGAAGGCAGACGCCAGCCUGUUCGUGCAGGCUUUGAAAACAGGAGACCCCAGCAUCUGUGCCAAGCUGCAGACCAGCCUGCAGGAAAUGGAGAGCGAUAAAAACGGGGAGAAAGAGAAUGGGAGGAGUGCCCUGAAUGGUUUGGAGUCAUUUCAUGCCUAGUCUAAAACAGGACUAUCAUCCAUCAGACUAAAACAGGUAGAGGUGGAACUAAGGAUUAGGGAUGUUGACGAUGACUGCUGGAUCGUCAAUAACUGCCUCCAAAGCUCAAUCUCUCCCAGACAGAUACCUUGACCUAUAUACUUCUUUAGACUGCUGCAGCCAGCAUGCCCUAUCCCUAAACCAGGCCACUGUAACAGCUGAACAGGAUCCUCUGCUGCUCUCUGCCUUGCUAGACCAACUCCACUGAAACUUGCUCUGUGAUUCUCAGAGUCCAAAGCUCUGCCGUGACUGACUCAUGUAUCCCAGUGAUCUGACCAGGUAGCUGGGGACAACAAUGGAACAUGGUAUGAUGAGUCAAACCUGGUUUUUGUGUCAGCAUGUACUUCCUGUGUCCAUACUUUUGGGUACUUCCUGUGCCCAACUGGUUGUAAAUAAGUCUUUAUUACUGUUUUGGAUAAUAAACAUAACUGUUCAGAGUCCCCACGGUUAUAGAGAAACUAGAAAAAUCAGAUAAUUGAAAACAUCAUUUUGAAAAUGAUUUCUAAGAAUUUGUAAGUCAAAUUAUGUAUUUAUUUUACCAAAAGCUUCAACACGUGUGUAAUGAGUAACACUUGUUUGGUGACCAGUUGUGUCAAUGUGAAACGUAUGCUCACUUGCUGAAAAAGGUUUCAAAUAAUGUAAAAGUCAUGAUAAUUCAUUGGUCUGAAGGUUUGGGAGCCCUGACUGCAUCAUUGCUAUUCUUAGGUUGUACAUUUUGAAUGGUUGUGUUGUGAAGCACUUGCCGAAACCCCUAGAGAAGAAAAUGUGCUGAAUGCUUUAUUUUUUACUAUGUCCUGAGUAUGUUCAGGGUGAUAAACUUUAUUUAUGAAAAUAAUCUUUUGAAGACAGUGUCAUUUGUAUCUUCUGUAUUUUUAUACCUUGUGUCGUGUGACUUCACACUCACUAGCACAAUAGUCUUAGUGCAUUCCCAUGCCGAAGGCAGCUGUAGCGUCCAGCCAUUUGAUGUGAUGUGUCUCUACAUAGAUUCACAGUGAUGUGUCUCUACAUAGAUUCACAGUGAUGUGUCUCUACAUAGAUUCACAGUGAUGUGUCUCUACAUAG